UCAAAAGUCAACCCAUCUGCCUCACCACCAUUCACCAGUUUCAGUUUCCAACUCUCAGAUUUAGUAAAGUUACCAACUUUAAACGAAUUCGAAGAGACCAUCUCUUGCAAAAAAAAAGCUUGAAUCUUUGGCUUCUAUUACAUCAAUUUCUAAACUCAGAUUCUGUGAAAAAAUCCAAAUGGGUAAUCAUUUUCUAACUCUGUCUCUGCUUCUCGUAACAGUCUGCGUUUGCGUUCCCUUCAUCACCACGAAGCUUAACCCUAAAGAAGCAAUCCUAUCUAUCUCCUCCGAUUCUGAGUUUCCUAUUAAUAUCCACGGAGUCAAGAUCUUGCGUCAAGCUUCUGAUUCCAAACUUGCUCAACUAGGCGUCUCCUCUUGGCCCAAGUGGGAAGGAGCUCCAAGCAAGUUUCCAUGGGAGUUUACGAAGACAGAGACGAUGUUUUUCGUAGAAGGGAAGGUGAAAGUGAAUGUAGACGGAUACGAGGAAAAAGAUGAAACCUUUGAGAUAGGGAAAGGAGAUGUGGUUGUGUUCCCUAAAGACAUGAAAGUUGUUUGGGAGAUUACUGAAGCUGUGAAGAAAUGUUAUAGUUUAGAGGAGUAGUAGUGAUUUCACAUUUGAUCUUUGUUUGUUGUGUUGUAUCUGGUUAGUAUCUUUGAACUAAGCCGAUCUAUGUUGAUGGGGGAUUAUAAUUCUUAGACUAAUGGAAAGGGCCCUUGUUAUAAUUGUCUUGCAAGUUAGUGAAAACUACCCCACAUGUUGAAGCCUAUCCAUUUUAGUUUUGUAGAGAACAUAACUUGAAUCUUUGGCUUCUCUUUCAUUCA